AUGCCAGAGGGCAAAGACUACCUCAAUGAUACAAUGGAGACAGCAGAAGCCAGAGAAGCAAAGAAGAAGAAAGGCAACCCUGACGCGUUCGGUUGGGAUGUCUUCAAUCAGGAUUCCCUCCUCCGUGCCCAUGAGAAGCGCUUGAAGCACAUUCAGUUCCAGCCCGAGGCGUACGAGAAGCAGAAAAAGCAAAUAGAAGACGAAGGUGAGGAAGGCCUGAAGUUUGCCGGCUUUGGUUUCAAGCCAACAGAGGAGGCCAAGAAGCGCCUCGGUGAAGCCAUGGACAAGAUUUUGGAGAAGAAGAAGGAGUUCUCGAGAAGGCGUGCCUACAACGACGAAGAAGAUCGGACUUACGUCAACGAGAGGAAUCGCUUCUUCAACAAGAAGCUGGAUCGCUUCUUUGGCGACUACACGGAGGAAACGCGCCAGAAUCUCGAGCGUGGCACAGCGCUGUGA